CCGUGCCAGCUCACACACUCCCUCAGUCCACAGCUGUGAGGUGCGAGCCUCAGGUGUGCGGCUCCUCGAUAAAUACUUGCGAACCUACAACUAAACGCGCAGCAUCCUCCAUCCAAAAAAAGAGGAAGGCUUCUGGUGCAUAAAGUGAAAUGUAUCUUCUAUAACAAAAAUUAUAUAGAAAAAAAUAAUUCUCUGAAAUUGAACAUUUAUCAUAAUAUGUGACACCAGUUUCGGCCCCAUUAUCUAACUGUGUUUAUUUUGAGACAAUCGUGUCACUGUAAGGCGUGGCAGGAAUCACAUGACUGCCUCAGCAUUGAAAGGCGCCGAGUGAUCCCCCCGGCGGCCCGGUCCUCACGUCCGCUCUGCCGCUGUUGUUGUCUCCACACAAUCACCUGCCCGUGCUGUCGCCAGUCAGGGCUCAAGCCGCGCCAGGAUAGACAAGAGAGUCUGCGAGCCUGUUUCCUAUAUCAGUUUCCUUCCUGUGUGUUUUGGUGUAAGAGCUUUUGUUUGUAAAGACAUUGUCCCCAUCCUAAAUCAAGCAGCAACAGCUAAAUGUAACUGGAUUGAAGGAGCUGCAUAGACUGGCAUUGCGGUGAGCUUUACGAUUCCCCAUUUCACUUACGAGGAAGUGAUCGAGCGUGACAACAUCGAUACACACAACCAAGAUGCUUCGGGAGAGCUCCAUGCCGUACUCGAGUCUGCCGCAGGAGGAGGAUGGCGGACAGAGCUACGUCACCACUCGCACGGCAGGCGAGGCACGCGCCCGCAGUAGUACGGGCCGCAUCCUCUCUAUUACCGUGGCCGUACUGAUCAUCUGCGGAGUGCCCCUACUGAUAAUUGCCCCCCUUGCGCUCACUCGGGCCAAUGGGCGGAGUGGCACCAGUAUAACCGAGGUGGUCAGCUGGGGCAUCCCUAACGGGGGUAGUCAAGGGAGUGGCGACGGUGACCUGACAGACAACGACCACUCAGGAAGCAUCAAAGCGACCCCACCAUCCCAUAUAGUUGUGGAAAAUACUCCUCCAAAAGUCGUUACCGCUGCCCCCCCUGUCACAGCUGAAGCCAAUCCAACUACCACCACGACCACCACCACGACCACUACUACUACUACUCCCGCCCCCACGACUACCACUACUACCACCACUACUACUGAACCCCCUCGCACUGAGCAGCCCAUCGUGAUCAGACCCACUGACCCCACCCUGAAGCCCACUGAGGAAGGAACCGGGGAAGUCCAGACCACCGUGAUGCCUCAGCCCACAGAGAAGGCAGGCGGCUUGGAAGGCGGCGCCUCAGACGGGGGUGACCAGAGCGUCUUCUCCUCCCCGCCUACCAAGGGCAUCAGCAGCAUGGUGAACAACUUCCUGACUCAGCACGAGUGGUGGACGCUGGUGGGCCUGGCCGUGGCGGCGGCGCUGGCAAUCUCCACCGUGAUCGCGGCAGUGGCAUGGAUCAUUCACAGGCGCCUCUCCUCACGGCGCCGUAGGACAAACUUACAGAAAGUGAUAACAGACUUGCAGUCCAGAGACAAGGUUAUUCUUCUUAACUCUGAGGACUCUGAGGACGAGGCGUAGAGAAUCCAGCAGGGCAAGACAACGGCAGUGUGACGUACAAGAAUGGAGUUUGUCUGUCAUCAGUGUGGAACCCUCGCAAACAGGAGCAACUUAUAACUCAGUGUUGAUUAAUUUAAGGAAAACAUUACAAUACUGUACAUGCUUUAGUGACAAAUGUGCAUCUAUUUCCACAUUGUUUUCAUUUUAACAUUGUCUACCAAUAAGUGCAUCGUCUUUCCAAGUGUUACCUGUUUAUGUAGUUUUAUGUAUACAUCUAAUUACACAGUCACAUGAAAUCAGACUGCAUUAUUAUCUGAUUACAUUGAAAAUUAUUUUAUAUUGUGCUCUCUCUCUCUCUCUCUCUCUCUCUCUCUCUCUCUCUCUCUCUCUCUCUCUCUCUCUCUCUCUCUCUCUCUCUCUCUCUCUCUCUCUCUCUCUCUCUCUCUCUCUCUCUCUCUCUCUCUCUCUCUCUCUCUCUCUCUCUCUCUCUCUCUAAUUUUGUGUGUGUGGUUCUAGUUCUAAAGUAGUGAAGAUUGUAUUACCAGAUUUUCUGCAUCUAAGUAAAGAGUAAGAGUUCAUGUUACCAAAGAUUUGAUCUGAGAACACUGCCACUGGCCACAGACUAAGACAGUGGCAGACAAAUGGUGGUGUAGCAGUGGGGGGGCUAAAGGAGCCAAGAACUCCUUAGAGAAAAGGUGGUCAACCUUUGGAUCCCUAUAUAAAAAUUCUGGGACAAAGAAAGUAUAUUAAUUGGAAAAUUGUAUAAUUUUCAAUGAGCAAUGGGGAUAGAUUGCCUUUUAAUGGGGUCCCCCAUAUACUGACCCUCAGCUAUGUCACUGUGUGGUUGAUAAGCUUAGCUGACUUUUACUUGGCUGCUUCAUUAUAUACUACCUUUGUCAGUACCAUAAUUUCAAUGAAUACCUACAUGUAAUUUAUUUUGUUGCAAACACAUUUGUUUGGAGUAAAUUGGCUAACACAACAACAGCAGGCAGGGAUGCACUCUCUUGGAAGAGAGCUUUGGUAUACUGCACAACUCUCAUCACCUCAUGAAGCGAUCAACAGCAUUAUCAUAUGUAUAUGCAAUGGUAAAAUGUGUUUAUUCACACUGAUGAACAUGAAAUUGGCAGAUGGAUGCUCAGGCCAGAAAUAUAUUACAAUGUAAAGGUGUCACAUAAUGUACAGUCACACCACAUCGACCCAAAACCACCUACAGACCUACAGGGUAUUCAUGUAAUUCUUUGUCAACCACAAACCCAUCAUAACAUAUUGUAUUUAGUGUUUACCAUAAGAAAAAAAAGUGUGCCAAGCUACACAACCAUGUCAUGAAAAUGUAAAUACACAGCAUUCAGCUGCUUAUAUAUAAUCAAAUAAAUAGGAAACAAUAACAGCCCUACCUGGUACAACCUGCUGAGCAACUACCUGGUCACAUCCAGUAGGUAGGUAAAGCCUGUCCCUCGAAGCAGUGGAAAUAUUGGUGAGUGUGACGCCCUGCAAGACAUCAAGACAAAAUGCUUAGACCCCAAGUCGCAUAGAAGUCCACAUACGGAUUACUCUAUGAUCACAAAUGUGCAAAUAAUUCUGGAUAAACUGUUUGAUUAUUGCAUCUUAUUUAGGAUCAAGGUAAUUUGUUCUGACAAGGUCACAGAUGAGGGCAUUUUCAUAGUACUGUUCUGAUACAUGAUUUCCCAACAAUUUUUCUCAUGCACUUAUAUGUAUCAGGUUUAAUGUAUAGUACAGAGAAUUCAGUUGCCAUACAACAUUAUUCUGGGCAUUUCAAGUGUGCAUACAGGAAGCCACUGGUAUAGAAUUAAGCUAGAGGAACAUACAGAUAAUCUGUUUGCUCCCCAACACACACUACAGGUGCAUUAGAACGUGUAGGUUAUAAAAAGAGUGCACAAAUU